CGACCACCUUGAGGUCGAACUCUCUCGAUCCUUUUCUACCUCUGCCUCCAUGGUCCUCUGCCUCAUCUACGCUGCUACCGCCGCGCCCGUCGCCAAGACAAGCGCAGACACGUCGCACGCCGGCGUCACCCAGCCCAUCACGACCGGCGAGGCGCUGGCUUCGAUCCCAGCGGGCCUCUCGAACGACGCCGUCGGGGCCUACGAGUCGAACCCGCUGUACUUUGACCCUCACCUCCGCGACCACAUCAAGCUGACCGUGACCCCGUCCAAUACUGGCUGUGGCUCCACCGGCAAGGAGCACAUCCGCCCAUUCUACGUCAACUCUGCGGCGGGCGACUCGGAGACGUUCCACUUUUGUGAGGACGGCACCUGCCACCUGACCCUUGAGCUGGAUGGAGAGACCGCCCACAACGAUGUGGGUUUCCUGCGGCUGCGCGGCUGCCCGCUGCACCAGGGCUACACCGUGCCCUACCUGCGGAUCAUGAAGUCGCUGCUGGCUUCCUUUGACGUCCUGCACAUCGGCUACGGCGCCUGCGACCAGGGCGAGACGCAGUGCGAGAUUGGCACAGACAUCUCGUUGGCCCCCGGCGAAUGCAAGACCCUCACGCAUCCGUCGAUCGACGACAUCAAGUUUGACGUCUGCUACCAGGGACCUGGCACUUGGUAAUCGCUUGUUGGCGUCGCCGGCGGCGCCGCGCCUGGGAGCGCGGUCUGGUCGCAACCACACGUCUCCGCCAUGUGCGCAUUAAUCAUCAUGUGAGGGGGAGUGAAUUGCAUGGGGCUGGGUGCAUGGAGCUGUCAGUGGGGAGCCGCGGGGGAGGUCAUAGAGCUCUCCUUGCGGGACGCACACUUUUAAGUUAUUUUUUUCGUAUUGCACAUAUCUGCCUCGCUCCGC